AUGCGACGCCGAUGGAGACCGAGACACAUGGGACGGGCGCGAUCCGGUCUUAUCAAAAAUGUUCCGUCUCCCGUCGUGGCCGGCCGUAAUCGUAAAUAUCUCCUGCCAGCAUCCUUCCUUGGUCCUUCCUUUGCAACGCGCGUUGCAUUUAUUCUAUACUGGAUUGCAAAGAUCCAACCAAAGAAAGCUGUACAUAUGUACGUUAACAUGCCAUCCAUGCGUUCUCGUUAUUUCAGUAGCAGUCGCCGCGCAUUCCCAAACGAGUGCCCGCAGUUUGGUGGUUGGCACCUCAAUGCGUACGUUGGCAUCACUAUCACAGUCGAUAUCACUCGUCCAGAUAUCAUUAUCACGAAAGAGUAUCGUAUAGCCAUUUCCUCUGUUGAACAGGAUUCUCCAACAGAUGAACAUCCCAUUGACCGUCGUUUCGCUAUCUACGCACUUGCUAGGUAA